AUUAAUAUUACACGUUAUUUCCACUCUAGAAAGUGUUAUUAUUGUAUAUAUAAUUAUAUUAGGGAUUUUUAAAAAAUUAUUGAUCUCUUAAUAAGCCUUAAUGGGAAUAUGAACUGGACUCGAACCAUCAUCAUUUUGACUACAGUCUUUAUGCAAGGUAGGCUGAUGAUUUCAAUGAAGAAUUACGCAAUGAAAUAUUAACAUUAAACAUAGAGACACAAUCUUGCCGAAUCUAGGCCAAGAUGGCGGGAAUCAGGUUGCAUUGUUGAGUUUGGUCAACAAUAUGUGAUCAAAUUUAUUCAUUCCUAACUGCUUUAUAGACAAUUUUUCCACAACACUGCUCAGGGUUGCCAACUCAAAAAAAAUUCAAAAAGUGUUGAAAACUAUUUUAAAUCUUCACUUUUUCUUUUUACGGUAAGCAAGGUUGUUUUUGCUUGUUUUUUAACGGAGAUUUUAAAAAUGAAACUUAAGAAGCUAAAAACAUAAUUGAAAUAUCCGUACGACUACGUUUUUACACUCUAUUGUUAUACGUUUAAAGCCCAUCACCCCCACUCAAAUUCAAGACAAGAAUAUAAUGAUUGAAUUGAGGGGCGUUCCGGCCUGUUAAUUAAAAGUAAACAUUGGUUGUCUUCAAGGUGUUUCCCGGCAGGGCCGUCUUAACAACAUAUAGGAGGCCCUGGGCACAGCAAUGCACUGGGGCCCCCUAGCAACACAGCAUACCUGGGCCGUGAAAAAGGGAGGGGUGGCGAAGGAGGGAACUCGCCCUAUGCUCAAACAGUUUGCGGGGGGGGGGGGGGAAAAAAGUUCCCCCCCCCCACCAAGAACAAAAGGGGGGGAAAAAAAAAAAAAAAAAAAAAAAAAAAAAAUAAUAAAAAAAAAAAAAAAAAAAAAAAAAAAAAAAAAUAAAAAAAAAAAAAAAAUUAAAAUAUAGAUAGAAUAAAUUAUUUGAAAUAAAUCAACAUAAUCGUUAGCGUAUUUUAUUUUUUUUUAAUUUUUUUUUUUGCAGAGAAUUGUUUUAUUAUUGGUUUAAAGUCAAUGGUCGUAAGGAUGUCAUUUUCCAUGCACAUAAAUGAAAGCCAGUUCAAACUUUUUUUGUUUUUUUUUUCUUCAUUUUACUGCGAAGCUGAUUCUUACUUUAUUAUUAUUUUUUUUUCGAUUCUUAUCUGGGUAAAAGUAAAAAAAAAAUUUUUGACGAGAGUUAUUGCCCUUUAAAUAUUUUAAAAUUGUCCAACUUUGAUUCGCAUUUACACUAUUAAUUUUGGAAUGUGCCGAUAUACAUCGUGGGUUAAAAAUGGGAAUUUUAAAUCCAAUUAAAUUGUCAAAAUCGUUCAAAAUUCAUUUAAAAUAUGUCAAGCAUGAUACCUCUGUAAAAGUGAGUCUCCUAGAAACGUGAGGCCCUGGGCCAGUGCCCACUGGGCCCGUGCCAUCAGAAGGCACUGUUUCCCGGGGGAUAUUUGGUCCGCCAUUUAUUAUAUCUCCCUGACCUAUAUUUUAUGUUUUUUUGAAUUCUGAAUAAUCUAUGAUAUUGUUUUAGAACCCGAAGCGUUUUGGGUCUCCGUGACAUAAGCCUUUAGGCCGCUUCUUUGGAUUUUAGACGGGGAUGAAAGGAAAUGGCAGAGGAAUUGGGGGGCAUACCAAAGUGUGUGUGUGUGGGGUGGGGGGGUGGGGGCGUAUAUGUUUAUUGAAUGAAGCCCAAUCUCGUUCAUUUGUUACGGGAUUUGUUAUUACAGCAUGAAUUUAUUGACGGAUUUAUUUAAGUUUUAAGUAAUAAUUGGCAUUCCUAUGCAUAUUCCUUCGUUACGUGAUGUGGCUGUUCUUUAUAUACGAGCAGUUGCUGGAUGUUAUCGGUUAGUAUGUACGGUUUUGCUUAAAAACACUAACACAAUACGUGUUUUGAGUGUAGCGAUUUGUUUUUUAAAAAAUGAAGUUAGUCCAUGAGUUUGCAAUUUAUGGAUGUGGAUAUAUUCCUUGUGUAGAUGACGCAGAAAAAAAAUGGUCUUACGGAGUGCCCUCUUUUGAAGCGAUAGCGCGAAAAUUAUGGAACAAUUUGCUUCAAUCUUUGAGGGUGGAUUAAAAAUGAUAAAAAAUAAUUUAAGAAACAUUAAAAAUGUUUUUUUUUUUUGCUUAAACAGAUUUCAAAAAACCAGAGCGCAUUUAGCAUGCUACAGGGGCAUGGAUACCAGCGCGAUAUAAAUAUCAAAAUCAAUCAAUCAAUAAGCUAGAACUUAUAGAUUAAUAUUAUAGAAAUAACAACUAGAAAUCAACUGUGAGUUAGCGACCUUGUUUUUAUGGUAAUUUUUUAAAUAUAAUUUAUUCCAUGUCUGGUGCGCACUUCUGGUGCGCAGUUGUUUAUUCCAACGGCAAGAAGCACAUGUUUUCAGAUAAAAUUUUCGAAGUGGCUAUUCGUACCCGGGUACCGGAAGUGAGAUUUUGGGAUUAAAAACUAUUUAAAAUUUAAUGUCAUUUGUUGUAGUUUAUUUUAGUUAAAGUGAAGAAUUAAAUUUACAAACAUAUAGUCCAUUCAAUUAUCUUUCAUUUGAUACCUCAUUUUGUCUUACAAACCCAUCAAUAAUAAUUUUAAUAGUUUGUUUUUUUAAAUCUUAACCUCUCACUUCUGGUACACGGGUACGAAUAGUCGCAGCCUAAAAUUUUAGUGUUUCAUUUUCUUUAUUUUCGUAAUAACUUACGUGCCUUAAAAAUUUGAUGUUUAUACUUCUAAACAACUUCUUUGUUUAAUCCCCAAAAACAGGAUUUAUGCAAAGUUGCGAUGAACAGAAUAAAAUAAUUUGCCCCGAUAGCCACCCCAACUUUUGUCGUCCAUAUGGCGCAUGCUGUUCACCCGAUCAGUUCUGCCACGCGGGGGAAGGAGAGUGUCUCACUUGCUUUCCUGCAGACGUCACACCCGACAAACUGAAAGCAUGGUGCAUAGAGCACGUCAAAAGCGGUCUAAACGAAUCACUUGUGAGGCAUAAGACCUGCAGGCUGGCGUGUCUAGCUCUUUACAGUCUACAAGAAUUAGAAAUCGUACCACACACCGGAGCAAAGAAAGGUAGCGUACAAUUCUGUUUUCUUAAAAUGUACACAUUGUUAGAGCAUGUGUCUUGACAUAACAUUACUUUACCGUAGAACUGAAGCGUUCUCCACUCUUCUCCCCCACAUCUGUUUUGUUUUUAUAUCGACGUCGCCGAUUAAAUGUGUAGCGCUGUACCAAUCCCACCCCUUCCUAGAUUGGGAAAAGAUUGUUUACGUUCGAAUACGUCCUAAUUUGUUCUAAAAAAUGCCUGAAGGUGACGCAAUUUCAAGAAUUUUUUUUUCUGGAGGGCUCCAACUUACUCCCCUAAAUAUAAGCCUAUAAGCCGGCAGCUUUUCUAGCCGGGAGAGAUUUUCUAUAUAUAUAUAUAUAUAUAUAUAUAUAUAUAUAUAUAUAUAUAUAUAGCUUUAAACGACCUUAGCGAUCUUUUUAAAAACAAAGCAGCAGCAGAUGUAUAUUUUAAUAUAUCAUUUAAAAGAGGUUCAUGGAAAGGACAUUUAAGAGAAAAACAAACAAUAAAAGCAAUCUUUUUGAAAAUAUAUUUCUUUGUUCACAGAAGAACGCGUGGAGUCAUACUUCGUGGCAUUUAUUGUUGUUCUGGUCUUGCUUCUGGUUUCACUUCUGGGUUUAAGUAUCCCACUAGUUUUCGUAUCAUACCGACUGUACAAGGAAGGGCAGCAACCAAGGGACGUCAUACCCACCCUAGAAGGAGGCCAAACGCCAACCGGUGAGUAACGUCCCGUUUCAUUGGCAGCAUCGUCUCAUAUGGAAGGUGACACAGUGUCAGGGUGGCAUUUGGGUCAAAUGGAGUUGACACUCGGGACUUAUGGGGGUAGCCAUGUUGCCAUAUGGUUGUUGUCAUAUGGUUGUGACGUUCAGCAACAUGGGAUGACUUUUGAUCACGCAGAGGGUGUCAUUUGGACUUAUGAGGUUGGCAUUUUGCUAUACUGAGGUGACAAUGGGGGCCAUUUAGUGGGUGACGCUUGAUAGACCUAACUAAUGACGUGUGCGUCCUUCCAGUUAAAACAUUUGUAUCGACGUAGGUCUGUAGUCUUUCCUUUUAAGUCUAAUUAAAUGCUAACACAAUCUAUUUUUAAGACUUACGACCCGGUGAUCCUGCAUUUUUUUCCUUACAUUACACUUACAUUUAAUUACACUGAUUUAAAUGAAAAGAAAUUGAUUUUUUAAGAUUUGCGGGAAAAAACUGUGUUUUUUUUAAAAAGGACAAUCAAAUCUUCGAAUCUGUUCGACUGAAUAGACAUCUACAUGAGAACUAGGAUUAUAUUAAAUAUUUUACGUGAUAAGUUAUAGUUCUAAUUUUCUAAUGUAAAAGUUCAAAUUACUUUUAUAAACGUCUAAGCGGGUCGAACUAUAAGUUUCAUAAACCCUGUAGAUUCCACAAUUAUAAUCUCCAUAAACCCUGUUGAUUCCCAAUCAUAAGCUCCAUAAAACCUGUUGAUUCCCAAUGAUAAGCUCAAUAAAUAAUGUUGAUUCCCAAUGAUAAGCUCAAUAAACCCUGUUGAUUAAAUUCCCAAUGAUAAUCUUCAUAAACCCUGUAGAUUCCCAAUGAUAAGCUCCAUAAAACCUGUUGAUUCCCAAUGAUAAGCUCAAUAAACCCUGUUGAUUAAAUUCCCAAUGAUAAUCUUCAUAAACCCUGUAGAUUCCCAAUGAUAAGCUCCAUAAAACCUGAUGAUUCCCAAUGAUAAGCUCAAUAAACCCUGUUGAUUAAAUUCCCAAUGAUAAUCUUCAUAAACCCCGUAGAUUCCCAAUGAUAAGCUCAAUAAAUAAUGUUUAUUCCCAAUGAUAAGCUCCAUAAACCCUGUUGAUUCCCAAUGAUAAGCUCCAUAAACCCUGUUGAUUCCCAAAGAUAAGCUCCACAAACCCUGUUGAUUCUCAAUGAUAAGCUCCUCAUGUCUGAUCCCACUGGGAUAAAUCAUUAGGUCCUUUCGCUUUGAUCAGGUCAGUGUUGAGCUGUGGUUUUACAUCAGGGUACUUACGCGACACUGACAUCAAGUUAAACCGGGAAAAACGUGACCAAACGCAUACCCCAUUUUUUCAGUUUGUUGGUCGAUUUCAUCCGUCAUUAAACUAAUAUCUGAGGUCGUAUCUUGAGAUUAAAGUCUUGUUUUUUGGUUAAUAACUUGCAGACAUUAAAGUUAUCAGUAAUUUAGUGCUUAAACUUCAUCUCUGUGCCUCUGAUAGUGCAAUUUUGUAUGAUUUUUUCAAUCUGUUGCAGGAGUGCCUCCUGGACAAAAAGCUGAGCCAACAGAUGUGACAGUCAAACAAGAAAAUACAAUUAAUGCCGAAAUUGAACGGGCUCGACCAGAUGCGGUGACACCUCGGGACGAUGGCUUACAUCAGGCAGUUGCAACAUCUCAGAUAGAUGGUACACCCCAGGCAGCUGGUACAUCUCAGUCAGUUGAUACACCGCAGGCAGCUGCCAUAUUCCAGUCAUCUGGUACACCCCAGGCAGCUGGUACACCACAGGCAGCUGGUACACCCCAGGCAGCUGGUACACCACAGGCAGCUGGCACACCCCAGGCAGCUGGUACACCACAGGCAGACCGUACGCACCAGACAGCUGCUACACCCCAGGCAGCUGGUACACCACAGGCAGCCCGUACACACCAGACGGCCGGUACACCCCAGACAGCUUGCACAUCUCAGGCAGCUGGUACGCCACAGGCAGACCGUACACACCAGACAGCUGGCACACCCCAGGCAGCUGGUACGCCACUGGCAGCCCGUACACACCAGACGGCCGGUACACCCCAGGCAGCUGGCACAUCUCAGGCAGCUGGUACGCCACAGGCAGACCGUACACACCAGACAGCUGGUACACCCCAGGCAGCUGGUACGCCACUGGCAGCCCAUACACACCAGACGGCCGGUACACCCCAGGCAGCUGGCACAUCUCAGGCAGCUGGUACACCCCAGGCAGCCGGGACACCACAGACAAGUUACGCAAAGCACGGUAAUACAAAACCCAAAAGAAGCACAAAGAGAGGGAGAAGAAAUCGAAGAAAAAACAAUGGGCCUUACAUUCAAACAACCGCAUCAGAAAGUGACUGUAAUGACGAAGAGAAUGGACUACUCUCGACUUAAAACUGCUUAGAACAGUCUUUUUAAAAGCUCUCUCACAUAGGGAUGGAUUAAUGUUGACUCCCCCC